AAGACGUCACUCCGACAACGGAUUGAACAGUUGGAUCAUGUAUACAUUUCCUGCAACUGUCAUAGGCGUCCAAAUGACGUCCAAAAAUGUACCCAGUUCAAAGGUGAAAUGUUGAACAUCAAUAUGACGUCCAAGUUGGGUCAUGGUUUGACAUCCAAAUAGUAGACCUAGUUUGUCCCACUGUUUAGUGGGAUAAAGAGCUUUAGGAUAGCUUCACUAGAGCUAAUGGCUUUCUGGUAUCUGAACUGUUGCAAAAAACAUUCAUAACAGGCAUUUUAACUGAUUAACCACAGCCAGCCAGCCACGCACUCAGAGGUCGGCCUCAGCCUCUGUCUCCCUCCCUAUAACCGUGUAAGACGGUUCUUUAGUUCACUCACGCUUCCUCUCCACCUGGGGGGCCAAUGGGCUUGGAACCUUCAUCCUGUCUCGAGAUAGAGAAGAACAGUAGAGCAACCAACCAUCAGUACUGCAGUAUUAUGCAGCAUAACAGAGACAACAGUGUAGCUAGAAGGGAUAUUUAGUCAGCUUUAUCCACCAACUUUAACUUCGGCCACCAUGAAGAAAUGGUCUGUGUGUCUGAUAUAUUUUUUCAUGAAGACAGCUGUUGUCUUUGCAGAGGUGCUGUUCAUCCACAGGACAGAGGGGCAAUCAACAGACUUCUCCUGUCCCCCUGAGGGGCCCGCUAGCUCUCUGAAAGGCUUCAAGCUGUCCCGCCUGUACCCUGGCGUCCCGGGUCAGCAAACCACCUUGCUAUCGGUGUGGGCGGACUCCAGCCCCAGCCUCGAACUAGACCUCCGGCUCUGGGGACGUCUGGUCGUGGCGUCUGGGGGGUUGGGCGCGUGGUGGGUCAACCUUACCCUGACCGACCUGCAGCCCUCGGACACGGGGCUGUACAACCUGGAGCUCACAAGCAGCUCCACGGCCAACGGUUCGGACCGCAGCCUCCUCACCUGUCCACAGGUGCUUCUGUUGGUGGAGGGGACUGAUAGGCAGUGCCACCAGUGCUCUAGUAAGUACACAUCCCUGCUCUACAGCAUCUUUGCUGCUACAGUACUUCUGCUGCUGAUGUCUACCUGGCUAGCGAGAAAGAGAUGGAUGAGGGCGAGGUGUCGUCAGAAACCACAGCCGCCUCAUCCGAUCUACGAGGAAAUGAACAGCAAGAGUGAGAGGCGGGGCGCAGGAAGCCCCCAGAAUAUCACCAUGAGCACCUCACACAUGGAGACAGCCUUCCCUGUGUACUCCAACCUCGGCAUCAGGCAGGCGGAGGACAACUACUACGCCUGUCCCCGGCAGAUCACACACCCUCCAAUGCUCUGAACCUCCUAACUUACUUUUAUACAUCCAUGCUCUUUAAGCUUAGGCUGCUCUGCCAUCUUUCUUCCUGCCUGACCUCUAAAGGCUAAAUAGGAGUCUCCAAGAGGGUGAUAGCGAACCAACAACAGGAAGGAGGAUGGAGGAAGUAGAUCGUACAAGAGCUUUCAUGUAAAAACAAUAGCUUGGGGCCCAUGAUGAAAGGUACAUAUAUUUCACAGAAACGUGCUACGCCUGCAAAGCUUUGAUUAAAAUCAGACGGACGACAAGUUCAUCUUUAACAGCCAAGUAAAAAACUGCAGUUUUAUUAAUAUUUGAAAGAAGCGCCAUUGAUUAUUAAAACCAUUGUUUCAUUUUUU